AUGUCAUCAAUAUCAUCGACAAACUAUUUGUCCCAGUUAAGAGCUGCCCUGGGACAUAGCCUUGCACUCCGUUCCUUUUCCUCCGCUAGCGUGGAGCGCCACAACAAGCCUGAAAUAGAGAUCCCAUCCUCGCCAUUUACUAUCCUCGAGCCUAUUAAGAUCUAUAGAAGUGAUUCGGAGUAUGUUUUAAUUGAGAGGUCCAUAAAUUCGGCUCGUAUUUCGUUUAAGCUUAAACAAGCGGAUGAAAUUGAGCGGUUUUUAGUGCUGAACUUUUCUCGAUUCUUGAUGCAUCGUGCAGAAACCCUAUUGGUUAUUAGGCGUGUUGCCGUUAAGGGAUAUGACAUUAGCUUUCUUGUGACCAAUACACAUGUGGAGGAAAUGCUCCGCUCAAAGCUGGUCGAUUUUUUCUGCUAUUUUUUGGAGUCUGUAGACAAGGAGAUCAGCGCGAUGAAGAUAAGCGUAAACUCUCACGCCCGAUAUGCAGCCGAAGAGUUUUUAAAGCAGUGGCCAUACCGAGCUGGAAAUUUGGUGUUUUAUAGAAUGGAAUUGAGGUUGGCUGUUUUUUACCACGGCCUUGACUGGCUCCCUCGUUUUCUGCCAUCAUCAUUCCCUCUUGAGACAUGA